AUGUACACGAGCGGGUCGAGCGGCCGUCCGAAGGGCGUGGAGCUCACGCACGGUAACAUAGUUCACGCCAUCAUGGCAUUCUCCAUGCAGGUGGAUGUGCAUUCCGGCGACCGCUACCUGGCCUACCUUCCGCUCGCCCACAGCCCCAAGGUGAUGUCGGGCACGCUAGGCGACGCUCAGGUGGCGAAGCCCACCUACAUGAAUGCUGUGCCGCUCGUCCUCGACAGGAUCGUCAAAGGCGUAAACAAUGUUGCUCAGGACCAGGGCUUUCUCAAGCAGAAGAUCUUCAGCAAAGCGCUGGAGAUCAAGAAGAAACAAAGUGCGCCGGAGUUCGUGAACAAGAUUCUUGACUUUGUAGUGUUUAACAAGGUCAAGGAUCAGCUGGGAGGCGAUUUGCGCUUGAUUGUGGUGGGAGGAGCUCCUCUGUCGGCGGACACUCACACCAAUAUCCGCGCUAUGUUCGGCUGCAAUGUCCAGGUAGGCUACGGCGCCACCGAGACGACCGCGUGUAUUAGCGGCGCCGUGACCAGCGACCAGCGCACGGGACACUGCGGUGCGCCAUGCUAG